AUGCCAAUGCUCAAGGACCCCUCGACGAAAUACAAAAAGUUCCAGCCAUUGAACCUCCCAGACAGGACGUGGCCGAGCAAAACCAUUGACAAGCCGCCGCGCUGGCUGUCGACCGAUUUGCGCGAUGGCAACCAGAGUCUGGUCGAUCCCAUGGACGGCACGCAGAAAUGGGAGUACUUCCAGAUGCUCGUCAAGCUCGGCUACAAGGAAAUUGAAGUCUCGUUCCCCUCGGCUUCGCAAACCGACUUCGACUUCACCCAGCGCCUCAUACAAACACCCGGCAUCGUGCCCGACGACGUCUGGGUACAGGUCCUCUCGCCAUGUCGCAAAGAGCUCAUCCGCCGCACCGUCGAUUCCCUCAAAGGCGCGAAGAAGGCCAUUCUCCACCUCUACCUCGCGACAAGCCCGUGCUUUCAGCAGAUUGUCUUCAAUAUGAACGAUGAAGAGACGGUCGCGCUGGCCGUCGAGUGCACAAAGUACGCGCGCUCGAUAACAAAGGACGACCCUGAGCAGGCGGGCACUGAGUGGGCAUACGAGUUCUCACCAGAGACCUUCUCCGACUCGUCACCAGAGUUCGUCAUCAGGGUGUGUGAGGCCGUCAAGGCGGCGUGGGAACCGAGUGUUGAGAAGCCCCUCAUUUUCAACCUGCCCGCGACGGUCGAGAUGGCGACGCCGAAUGUGUACGCCGACCAGAUCGAGUACUUUUGCAAGAACAUCACGGAACGCGAGAAGAUUUGCGUGUCUCUGCACCCGCACAAUGACCGUGGAUGCGCAGUCGCAGCGGCGGAGUUGGCACAAAUGGCUGGCGCAGAUCGCGUGGAAGGUACGCUGUUUGGCAACGGCGAGCGCACUGGAAACGUGGAUCUCGUCACUCUAGGACUCAAUCUCUACACACAAGGCGUACACCCCGGCAUCGACUUCUCCGACCUCAAGUCCAUCAUCGACAUGGUCGAGACAUGCAACAAGAUCCCCAUCCACCCUCGCGCACCAUACGGAGGCCAGCUCGUCGUCUGCGCCUUCAGCGGCUCGCAUCAAGACGCCAUCAAAAAGGGCUUCCAGAAGCGCAAGAAGGAAGGCGCAACCAACGAGUCAAGAUGGCAAAUCCCCUACCUCCCCCUCGACCCUCAGGACAUCGGACGAACCUACGAAGCCAUCAUCCGCGUCAACAGCCAGUCCGGCAAAGGUGGUGUCGCAUGGAUCAUCCAGCGCCAGCUCGAGCUUGACCUGCCGCGAGGCCUGCAAAUCGCGUUUUCCAAAGUCGUGCAAAAGGAGACGGAUAUGCUUGGCCGCGAACUGCGUCCCUCGGAAAUCGUCGCCCUCUUCGAGGAAGCCUACCACCUCAAGCGCAAUCCCCGCUUCCAGCUCGUCGACUACGAAAUCACAGCCGAUCGCUCAAAGUCUCCCGCGCCGCCGCAGGAAGGAAAGACGCAGUCUUCGCGCAAUCUGCGCCGUAUCUUCAAGGGCGUAAUUGAGAUCGACCAUGUGGAGCACCAGCUUCAAGGUACUGGUAACGGCGCGCUGAGUUCUCUCGUCGACGCCCUGAGGGGUCUGGGCAUCGAGCUCGAUGUCGUGGAUUACAACGAGCACACUAUUGGAACAAGCAAAGACGCCAAGGCCGCGACGUACAUUGGCUGCACGGCGGCGCAGAGCAGCGUUAAGGUUUGGGGUGUGGGCAUUCAUCAGGAUGUUGUACAGGCGAGUUUGAUAGCGCUGUUGAGUGCGGCGAGUUCGUUCCUUUCCUCGAGACCCACGACGCCCAUUCCGUUCAGGCCGAAGAGAUCGAAUACCCUGGAGAUUCCGAGCCCGGAGGAUAGCCCGCCGAGGAAAGAGAGUGUUGUGGAUAAGUUGGAGAAGCAGGUUAAUGGCGAGGGGGCGGAGGUUAAAAGUGCGGGUGUUUAGGUGGAUGGAACAUAUGAGCAAAAAGUAGCAUAUAAGAAGAAAAUUGUUCAAGA